AUGCGAAUCUCGAUGAACGGCGCUAUCGGCAUUCGAAUAUCAAAACACGGCGCAGAACAAUGCAGCGAAGUCGCAGCCGCCUCGUCGGCCUACUAUGGGAAGCUCAUUGGCAAGCUUUCGGAGCUCGAGCACGGGGUUAGCGGCGAAGUCUACGCCGUCGACGCGAGGACGCUAUUCAUCAAGGACUUCACCUACGACGGCGAAGGACCAGCCGCAUGGUUCUAUGCUGGACAUUCAAAAUCCGUCGGAACCAAUGGUUUCAAAGUACGAGACGAACGUGGAACGUUCGACCUUUUGAGAAGAUACAGAAAGAAAGACAUAACGUUGAUGUUACCCGAGGGAAAGACCUUGGCCAACAUCAAAUGGUUCUCCGUUUAUUGCGAUGAUUACGCUGUGAACUUUGGCGACGUGAAGAUCCCCCGCAACUUCGAUUAUCCAAGGCCGCAAAAACUUGGCCAGCUGAGCGGCAUACACGGGGUUAGCUCCGAGCCUGUGGUUAUCGUUGAUGCACAAACACUCCUUAUCCCAAGCUUUACUUACGAUGGCGAGGCACCUGACGCCAAGUUCUGGGUCGGUGCUGGUUUAUCGCCGACGCCCCAAGGGAUCAAGUUGCCCAACGAGAACGGCGAGGUAGGGCCGCUACGCCGCUACGACCACAAAACCAUCGUCCUGUCGCUGCCCGAUGAUCUGACCGUGCAUCAGAUCGGACACUUUGGCGUUUGGUGCGAGGCCUUCGCCGUCGAUUUCGGCCACGUCAAGAUUCCGCACAGUCUCAAUGUGCCGCCCUCGCUCAAGAUGCUCGGCGUCUCGCCUCAGUCGAAGCUCAACUGCGAGGUACUCGACGAUAGGCUGUCGUUCGAGGUACGCUGGGCCGUGGCCGGGGACAGCAUCGUCGUGCAGCUGGUCGGCAAACUUGCCGACAACGAGUACAUGUCCUUCGGCUUGUCCGGCGAUCAGCAGCGCAGCGUCAUGGUCGGCGGCGACAUCGUCGUCGCUUGGGUCGACAAGCGCACCAUUCAGGGCUACGCGAUCGACUACUAUCUCGACGCCAAGUCUCAAUGCUCCGGAGGUCGUGGCAGCUGUCCCGAUGUUAAAAUCCAGGAAAAUACCAAUUCUGUGCGUAUGCUCAACGCCGCCAUAGUCAACGGCUUCAGCAUAGUCACGUACCAACGACCGCUCAAGGCCAGCGACGAGCUAGAUCGACAGAUUUUCACCAACGGAUCGCAGGCCGUCAUUUGGGCUAUCGGACCGCUCAACGACAAGCAGGAGGUGAGCUUCCACAGCAACUACCUCAAGGGCAAUCAGUUCAUCGAUUUUGGCCGUCCACCGUCCUGGAAUUGUCCUCUGCCGGAGCUUCAAGAGCAGCAAAGCAAUAACAACGCCAAGCCCAAGAGUUCGGAUCUCCAACAGCUCACCCCAACGACCGUGAGACCGUCGAGAUUCCCGGCGACCCCGGCACCGGCGCCCACCGACAACGCCUGGGAAAUACCGCCGAUCCAGUGCUUCGAGCCCGAGGACGGAGUGUUUUACGCGCAGAUGGGACCCACCGGCGGUAAGCACGGCUAUCCGGCCAUCACCGGCCACGUCGGCUGGGGCAUCUCCUGGUACAUCAACGGCCUGCUCAUCCCGGAGAUUCACGUGGUGCGCAACAAGACGUACACGUUCGUCGUCGAGGGCGGCGACAAUCCCUCCAAUCCGGCCCGCUAUCAUCCGUUCUACAUCACCGACGAUCCCGUCGGAGGUUAUCAGCACAAGACUCCGGAAGAAAAAGCGAACGUGAGCGUGUACGCGGGAGUCGUGACGCAUCGCGGCACCAUACGACCCACUGGAGUCGGACGCUUGUGCCAAUGGACUCCGGACCAGAAUCAACCGCUCGCCGACGCCUUCAACUCCUUCGGCGCCUAUCAGCGCACCUUGACACUGGUCUGCGACUCCGGUGAGCCUGGAUUCGUCACUUGGACCCCCGACGAGAAUACCCCGGACACCGUUUACUAUCACUGCUACACCCAUCGCUACCUGGGCUGGAAGAUCCACGUGCACGACAGCUGCGAGAGCCUCGAUCGGGCCUCGGCGGCGGCCAGCGAGCAGCACGAGGUGUUCGCGGAGCCCGAUCGGAGCCGGGCCGCAGCCGCCGACCUGGACACCGAGGCGAGCGUCCACGGCGCGCCGAGCAAGGUAACUGCGCCCGCGCAAGCCUCGCCUGCGGAUUACGCGAGGUUCGCAGGCCUGGAGCAGGAUUAUCCUGGACUGGGCCGGGAUUAUGCGUUGCGCGGUCACCAUCUGCUCGCGCCAUAUCAUCACAAUAUUCAUCGCUCUAACCCCGCGAGCAAACUAGUAGCAGGUCCUUAUAAACAUCAUCAUCUUCAUCAUUACCAGCCGCAGUUGCAGCUGCAGCAUCAUAGCCAUCCCUCCUCGUUCUUAGACGCCUUCUAUUACUACAUGGGAGGCAACAGCCUCAAUAACAAUAAUCAUAAUAACUAUCAUCACAUGCAUCAUAAUCAUCAUCUUCAUCAUCAUCAUCCGCAACUAACAAUUAACGCUGACAAAUUGCAACGUCGCUCCCCGCUGAAAUACCUGGCCGUCAAGUACGUCAUGGCUAACAGUCCCGCGUCCGAUCCCCGUAAUCAGUUGCUUCAUCAUCACGCGCCUCAUCAUCAUCAUCAACUUCAUCAGCAUCAACUCUAUCAGCAUGUGUUUCAUCAAUCGGAGCAGCCACCGCAGCCGCCUGCGCCGCCGUCUAGCGCAGCGCCCGAGAUGAUCAUUAACGCCGAAACGGCUACGGAGCCGGCCUCGCAACAACAACAAUUGGCAGUAGGCAAGAGUCCAGAACUUACUUCGGAAUCGUACAUCAGCGCAAGACCAGCACCAGCAGCUAGCUCGCAGAAUCUCGUCGUGACCAAGAGCCAAACGCCGAUGUUGCGCCAGCAGCCAGCAACGGCACCUCAAUUCAUCCUGAUGAGCAAAAAGAGGCAGUACCCCAUUUACUUUCAACCGUCCAUGAAGAGGCCCAUGCUGGCGCCGAUCGCCCUGCCCUCCAUGCCCUACAUUCCCAAGCCCGCGGUGGCGUACGAGCGCAAGAAAGCCGUCUACAAGUCGCCCGUUCCCGUCGUGUCGCGCAUGCAAACCUUGAGCAAGCCCAAGAUCUAUUACAAGCCCACGAAACUCGUCAAGGUCGAGAUUCCAGCAGCGGUGCCUGCACUAGUGCCACAGAAAAUGAAGAUCGAGAUCAAGGACGAGGGCUUGACCGGCGAGCUCAAAAGGCCGCUCGUCAUUCCGACCAAGAACAUGGGUUUCGAUCCGUCGAGCAUCGUCAUCGAGCGUGGCUUCAAGCCCAUAUUCAAGAAAUUACCUACAGCCGAGCUGCACGAGCAAAAUAAAAGGCCCGAGCUGAUGUUCCGCGACGAGACGCCUUCGGCCAGCGAACAGAUCGGCGAAACUCUCGGGCCAGUCUACGUUCCGCCGUCCGCGGAAAAGAGCGUGGACAAGAAAGAGACGAAGAAAAAGAGCAAAUCCAUGGGAAAAUCAGACGACGGAGAGCAGAUUUUCGCUCGGGAACCUUUUCUACCGACUCUGGCGACUUUCGCUAAGAGCAGCUACGGAGAUAAGUCGUUAACCACGGAGAGAUCGAGUCAGGAAUCGGCUUCGAGACCCAAGAGAGACGCUCAAAAUGACCACAGCCAUCAGCAUCGCGAGGAUCACGAUCACGGCCAAUCCGAAUCCAAAGAGCAACAGUCCCAGCCGAGCAGCACCGCCGAAAUCAUCAUAGCUAACAUCGAGUACAUCGCUCUGACCGUUAUCCUCUACUUUGCGCUCUAAACAUUUUUGCUCUUGGGAUUUUGUGCUUUUGAGCUUUUUCUGAGACCGGAACAGGCGCCGCCGCGGCGAGUGCGAAUUGUUUUUGAAUGUUGGACAUUGGCGAAAAUUAUAACGCCAUUGAUAAUUCAAUUUUUUUUUUCUUCGACGAAACACCGAUGAAAAAGUUAGAUUCAAUGAAAUCAAUACGAAUUGCUGAAAAACUAUUGAAACUUACGGGAUAACUUUUACUGAUUUUAUUCACCGAUAGGGGUUUUAUACAAUUUCUUGAAAAUCAUGACGAGACUCGAGCUGUUAUAUUCAAUUACCUCGUAGUAAGUAAUGAUACUUUUUAUUAAGUCUGAUUUUCCUGUAAUUUUUAAGUUUUUUUUUUAAAGCAAUCAUAAUCUUUUU